UUUGUCUGAACUCACGGCCCGUUUGUCUUGGCAGUUGUUGACGUUACUUUCUGUUUUUCUGCGAAUUUUCUGCGUAUUUAUUUUAUUUUAGUGUCAGUUAACGUGCAGUUUAUGAAGCAAAGGAUAAAAAAUAUGUAACGUGUGAAGGUUUGGUUUCGUGAAAGUCUCUAUUUUCUGUGUCUGAAGCGAAAAGGUGAGAUUAUCAGAGUGACGAGCGUAGCCACUGGAGCUUUUCCGGUUCAAUUUUGUUAUUUAUCUAUAAAACCUAGCAUUAAUCACACGCACACAUCAAGCCGAAUUGUUCGUAACGUGUGUUUUGAAGUCACUGUUAUAAUGGCUUUGGGCUCGGGCUCGUCGCUGUUGCAUUAAACCGGGUUAUGUUCAGGUUGAGCGGGUUUUUCAGCGCAGUUCGGAAGUCGGUGUGGAGCGGCGCUGGAGUCAUGGCCAAGGGGAAGUUUUACUACGCGGUGAGGAAAGGAGUCAAGCCCGGAGUCUACAAAACCUGGGACGAAUGUAAAUCGCAGGUGGACAAGUUUCCCGCCGCCGUCUUUAAAAAGUUCCCGACGGAGAAAGACGCCUGGGCUUUCGUCCGAGGAGAGAAUCCGAUCGUUUCGCCUCCAAAACCAGAGACAGCUCAGAGUUCUGACCCGGCUCCCGCGGUUCUGCCCAAACGGGGCCCCGAGCCGCUGCAGUACAUCCCCCUCGGACCCAAGAGGCGCCAGCGAGCUGAAGACGAGCAGGAAACGCCCACGAAACGAGUCAAGACCGAGACCGCCAAGACCGAGACCAAGACCGCCAGCUCCAACGGCUUCACUUACAUGGGUACGGACGAGGGGUGAUACAGUGUGGUGGUUUACACAGACGGCUGCUGCUCGGCCAACGGGAAGAGUUCGGCGCGGGCGGGGAUCGGCGUUUACUGGGGCCCAAACCACCCGCUGAACGUGUCGGAGCGACUGGAGGGACGACAGACCAAUCAGAGAGCAGAGAUCCAGGCGGCGUGCAGAGCUCUGGAGCUGGCCAAAGCCAACAACAUCCACAAACUGGUGCUCUACACGGACAGCAAGUUCACCAUCAACGGCGUGACCAGUUGGGUGAAGACCUGGAAACUAAACGGCUGGAGACUGAAAUCUGGAGGAGAAAUCAUCAACAAAGACGACUUCAUCAAACUGGACCAACUCAACUCGGAGCUGCAGGUCACAUGGAUGCACAUACCCGGGCACGCCGGUUACCAUGGAAACGAGGUGGCGGACCGUCUGUCUCGAGAGGGCGCCGCCAAACUCCAGAGCCCAGACGACUUUGACGACUUCUGACGACACUUUGUUCCUCCUGUUUUUGUUUGUUUUAAAUAAAGUUCAUGUUCAAAUUCAUUGCUUUGGGACAUUUUAUUAUAAUUCCGACUAAAACUGUAAAGACGAUUUCUUUCAUUUUAUUUUCGUAAUAAAAUAUUUAAAAAUGGUGAA